GAUGGACAGAAAUUAGAAUGAAAGAGAGAUCAGUGGGUUAGAAGCAGAGUAAGAGGAAACCAUGGCUGAAGUGCUCACCUUGGAUGCCGUCUUGUUCGGCAUUCUGGUCUUUUCUGGAAUUCUGGGAAAUAUGCUGGUCAUCUACACGGUGGUGCUGUGUGCGAUGGAAAGUACAUCUCAUCACAUGCCUCCGUCUGACUUGAUCCUGCUCAAUCUGUCGCUAGCGAACCUGCUGACGUCGCUGUUCCGCACCGUGCCCAUCUUCAUCUCGGACCUGGGUCUGGAAGUGUCUCUGGAGACGAACUGGUGCCGAGUGUUCAUGCUGCUGUGGGUGUGGUGGCGCUCCGUGGGCAGCUGGGCCACGCUGGCCCUCAGCAUCUUUCACUACACCACGCUGAGACGCAAGCACGUGGCCAUUGGCCCGCUGGCGCAGAAGAAGGACCGAAGACGCGUCAUUCUGGCGCUGGGACUCGUCUGGGGCGUCAACCUGGUGUUUUCGCUACCCGCCGCCAUCUACUCCACACACGUCCAUGGAAACGCCACCUCGGAACUGAUGGUGAUCAGCUGCACCACGCGCCCGCUGCUCGGCUGCAUGUGGGAAUUCCCGUCCAGACAGCAGGGGACGGCCUUCGCCUCCACCUCACUCGCUCUCAACGAGGUGCUGCCCCUGCUGCUGAUGGUGACCGUUAACCUGGCGACUCUCCGGGCGCUGGCUAAACACAUCCGCAUGGUGACGGCGGGCGUGGAGAGCGGAGCGGCUCACGUGCACACGGAGCGGAAGGCGGGUCACGUGAUCAUGACGCUGGUGGCGCUGUUCGUCGUGUGCUGGGUGAUGCAGGUGGCCGCUGUGACUUAUUACAACUACGACGGUGGCGUGCACACCGAGGGCCUGCUGACCGUCUCACAGUUCGCCGCCUCCGUCUUCGUGGGCUUCAGCCCCAUCGUGGUGGCGCUCGGCCACGGCAAACUGCGCAAGAGGAUCGUGGUAAUGGUGCAGGAGCUACUCGUCUGUGCGGGCUGCAGAACCACCAACACCGAGGCCAACAACAAGAAGAGGGCGCUGGAGAGCACCACCAUCUCGUACAAACAAGAGACCCAAACAAAGAAAGUGACAAUGUGACUUCAGCACUGAGGAAAUCAACACAACCUCCUACAUGUACGUGUACGUGUACACGGCUCUGCAGGUGGAUUAUUAUUCAUACAUCCCGUGGCUAGGGGCGCUAUGCAGGAGGGAAACGCUCCGCUGGAUUCUAUUUCAUAGCUUCAAUAUAACAUUACUGUCUUCUGCUUCUGAGUGACGUAACGGAAAAAUGUUUGACUUUGAAUCUGACUUUAUUUGAUAGCUUCGGUUUUGAAAAGCUUAUCCAAAAUAAUAAUCUGAAUUAUUUCUGCCGCUUUUGCUCUCUUGGACUCUCAGACACGGACGGAUGUGGCAUCAUCAGGAUGAUACUUACAUCGUUAAAUUAUAUUAUUACUAUAAAGUGA